GGAUGGAUCCCCUGGCGGGCCACAAGGUAACUGUCUCAGAGAAAGCACCUAAGGCGUUUGCUGAGAUUAAGCUGUGGGACCAGAGAAAUGAUAGGGAAUUAUGGGAUGGUUGCUUUUGCCCGAGUGAUCGAUUAUAAGUAUGGGGAGUCCGAACCGUUCGUUCGUUCUACUUGGCACAUCACAAUCAAGACUGGCUCUUGACAUUCAUUACUUGUCUUCUAUCUUGUGUUUUCACUCCUUCUUUCUUACCUUUAGUCAUUCAUUCCUUUUGAUCGACCAGUUCGACGUACAUUCUUUUCAAAAUGAGAAUCAGCAACUUGAUCGUUGCGGCCUCUGCCGCCACCAUGGUGUCCGCUCUCCCCAGCCGCCAGAUGAAGAAGCGUGACUCUGGCUUCAAGUGGGUUGGUACUAGCGAAUCUGGCGCUGAAUUCGGCUCUGCCCUCCCCGGUACCCUGGGAACCGACUACACCUGGCCCGAGACCUCCAAGAUUCAGGUCCUGAGAAACAAGGGCAUGAACAUCUUCCGUAUCCCCUUCCUCAUGGAGCGUUUGACCCCCGAUGGCUUGACCGGCUCUUUCGCUUCGACCUACCUCUCUGACCUGAAGUCGACCGUCGAAUUCGUUACCAACAGCGGUGCCUACGCUGUCCUUGACCCCCACAACUACGGACGUUUUGAUGGAAGCAUCAUCGAGUCCACCUCCGACUUCAAGACCUGGUGGACGAACGUCGCUACUGAAUUCGCCGACAACGACAAGGUCAUCUUCGAUACCAACAACGAGUACCAUGACAUGGAGCAGUCCCUGGUUCUGAACCUCAACCAGGCUGCUAUCAACGGUAUCCGUGCCGCUGGUGCCACCACUCAGUACAUCUUCGUCGAGGGUAACGCCUACACUGGUGCCUGGGACUGGACUACCUACAACGAUGACCUGUCUGGCCUGACCGACAGUGAGGACAAGAUCAUCUACGAGAUGCACCAGUACCUUGACUCCGACAGCUCCGGUACUUCGGAGACCUGUGUCAGCUCCACGAUCGGCAAGGAGCGCAUCGAGAAGGCUACCGAGUGGCUGAAGACCAACAACAAGCAGGGUAUCAUCGGUGAAUUUGCUGGUGGUGUCAACUCCGUGUGUGAGGAGGCUGUCGAGGGCAUGCUCGCGUACAUGUCCGAGAACUCCGACGUCUGGGUUGGUGCUUCCUGGUGGUCUGCCGGUCCCUGGUGGGGAACCUACAUGUACUCUCUGGAGCCCACCGAUGGCACCGCCUACUCCACCUACCUGCCCAUCCUCGAGAAGUACUUCCCCAGCGGUGAUGCUUCCUCCUCCAGCUCUGCCUCUGCUUCCGUUGCCGCUGCUACCUCCGCUGUUUCCACCACCACCACUGCCGCUUUUGAGCAGACCACCACCCCCGCCACCCAGGUUGAGAUUGCCUCUUCCUCUUCUUCCUCUUCGGCCGUCGCCGCCAGCCAGACUACUCUCAGCAAGGUCAAGUCCAAGUCCAAGUCCCCUUGCAAGCUGUCCAGCGCCACCUCCAGCGCCGUCUCUAGCGCUGCCGCUGCCACCACUCCUGCCGCCGCUGCUACCACCCCUGCCGCCGCUCCUACUUCUUCCAGCGUCGCUUUCGCCCCCACUUCCGUUUACGUUCCCACCACCACUGCCGCUGUCCCCAGCCAGGUGAGCUCCAGCGCUGCUGCUAGCAGCAGCGGUGUCGUCGGUGUCAGCGACCCCCAGGGUCCCUCGGCCACCAACUCUGCUGGUGAGGUAAACCAGUACUACCAGUGCGGUGGUAUCAACUGGACCGGCCCUACUGUCUGUGCCAGCCCCUACACCUGCAAGGUCCAGAACGACUACUACUACCAGUGCGUUGCUGAGUAAAUGCACUCACUCCGGACGGAUACGUAUUUGAAAGAGUGAGAAUGGGAAGAGGAUAGAGAGAGAGAGAGGUGAUAUAGAGGGUCCAGGAUGAAGUUGUUCACGUUCUUGUAUAUAACUUUGUAAACACUAUAAAUCAAAAGCGACCCGAGGUCCCGUC